AUGACGAAUAACGAGCUUCCCGCUCUUCGAUGGGGUAUUGUUGGCACUGGCCUUAUCUCGUCAUGGUUUGUAGCCGAUUUGACCAUUGACCGAGCGAACAGAAGGGCAGACCACACCAUCCAAGCCAUUGGCUCCUCAUCGGUACAGAAGGGUCAAGAAUUCGCAAGUCAACAUCUAUCAGGCCAUACGCCGGCCAUCUACGGAAGCUAUGCAGAGCUAUACAAUGAUCCCAACGUUGAAAUUGUCUAUAUCGGAACGCCUCACGCCUUUCACAAGCAGAAUGCUCUUGAUGCCAUCCAGGCGGGGAAACACGUGCUGUGCGAAAAGUCUUUCACUUUGAAUGAGAGUGAAGCGAAAGAAGUCUUUGCCGAAGCGAAGAAGCACAAUGUAUUUAUCAUGGAGGCAAUGUGGACUCGCUUCUUCCCUUUGGUGCAGAAGUUGCGACAACUGAUCCAUGUGGAUAAAACAAUUGGCGACGUUCAUCGGGUUUGGUGUGAUUUUGGCUUGCCUAAAGAUAUUGCCUCCUCGCCGAUUACUUCACGCUACAAGGACCCAGCGCUCGGGGCUGGCAGUUUACUCGAUAUUGGGAUAUACAGUUUGACUUGGGUGAUAUUGGCUCUAGAAUCCAAUCUACGGACGGAGACACCUCAGGUCCUUGCGACACAGAAAAUUGUGCAUCAUGUGGACGUCGCAACAUCUGUUUUGCUAAAAUAUCCCGACGGGGGACAAGGAGUCGCUACCAGCACUUUCGCAAGUAAGACUCCCGCCAACUUUUGUCGUAUCGAAGGAACCAUCGGCUCGAUUGUGGUCGAGGGAUUGGCUGCGUCGGUCCCUGCAUCGUUUACAAUUCAACUGCGGAAUGAGGAGUCCCAAAAAUACGAAUUUGAACGACCAGGUCGGGGUUUCUACUGGGAAGCUGAUGCAGUUGCCAUUGACAUCGCAGCUGGAAAGACGGAGAAUGAUAUUAUGCCAUGGGAUGAGACAAUCCGCAUCAUGCAUCUCCUAGAUGAGAUCCGGCGGCAGGGAGGCGCUCAAUUCCCGCAAGAUUUAGAAUAA